AUGUACAAGAAGCCUCAGCUCGAGCAAAUCAAGGCUAUGAUCGCGAAAGGACAGUGCUUCAUUUGCCAUGAACACGGUCACCGGAGCUCUGAGUGCCCUAUUAAAGACGACUUCGAGAAGCAGAAUGACGCUCGCAUCAACGCCAUCUCCGCGAGACUGUUUGAUCAUUCUAUUGGAGGCUCUACUGCUGCUGCCCUGGCUGCCGUGCAGGGAAAAGACUAA